AUGAAGGUAGUGCAGCAGCUUCUACUGGUGGCUGUGGCCUGGUGGUUGCGACAAGGCGGUGCUCCCAUCGUGGCCGGACAAUGUGCACAUAGGUGUGGGAGAGUGCCCAUACCUUAUCCCUUCGGGCUCGAACGCCAGUGUGCGAGGUCCAAAGAGUUUUUGCUCGAUUGCAACACCACCGAUGGGAGGGGUGGUCAACUAUUGUUGGGGAAUAUUCCGAUACGCAAGAUCUCAGUCGGCGACUCGACCAUGCUUGUUAGCCUCCCCGAACUACACGAAUGCUACGACAAGACUGGCCAGCGAGUAAGCAGCACCGAUAAUCUGUACAUCAAUCUAACUUCAUAUCCACCGUACAGAGUGUCCGCCACCCGGAACAACCUCACAGUCCUCGGCUGUGACACCUACGUGCUCAUGACCGACAGAUAUGGGCAUUUCCGGAGCGGCUGCAUCUCCUACUGCAGCGAGUACGUCGACUUGGCGAAGGAGACCACUUGCUCUGGUCUCGGUUGCUGUCAAGCGUCCAUUCCGAAGGGGCUCAAGAUGCUCCGCAUUAGAAUCUCCUCCGUCGAUGGACACGUGUCGGUCCCAUUCAGCCCCUGUGGAGUGGCCUUCGUGGUAGACAAAAUGUCAUUCAACCUCUCCAGUAGGAGACUCCCGACCUUGAAUGAUGUGGGCAAGAGGGCGGACCUUGUUCUGGACUGGAUGAUCGGAUGGGACGUCACUUGCGCACAGGCCAUGUCGAACCAGUCGAGCUAUGCCUGUGGCGACAACACUGACUGUGACAACUUCGCGGAUGGACCGGGUUACCGUUGCUUUUGCAAGCCUGGGUAUGAGGGGAAUCCCUAUGACCGCUCCCGCGGGUGUCAAGAGCUGGCAAAAGCAACCAACAACUAUGAUGAAAGCAAGAAGCUAGGCGAGGGCGGUUUUGGUUCCGUCUAUAGAGGGAGAAUAGCGGUGGAUGUCGAGGUCGCGGUCAAGAAACCUAAAGAUGUGCACAAGCCUCUAAUGAAGAAGGGAUUCCAAGAUGAACUUAAAAUUGUGACACAAACAAAACACAAAAAUGUGGUGAGGCUCUAUGGCAUAUGUUUGGAGACUAGAAUACCCUUGCUAGUUUAUGAAUACAUUUUGAAUGGUACCCUCUUCAAACACAUCCAUCCGAAAAUGUCAACCAUUUUGAGAUCAUGGGAAAACCGACUCAGAAUAGCCGUUGAAGUUGCACUUGCGCUCAAGGAAAUGCAUGCCAGUGAAAUCAUUCAUGGCAACAUCAAGUCGAUGAAUAUACUUCUAGAUCAAAAUUACUCAGUGAAAAUAUCUGAUUUCGGAACUUCAGUGCUUAUAUCACCGGAGCAUAGUCAUAUCGUAGCCACCGAAAUAGAAGGCACAUUGGGCUACAUCGAUCCAGAGUAUUUAACCACGGGUAAGUUAACAAUUCAGAGUGAUGUAUACAGCUUUGGAGUUGUCCUCGUGGAGUUGCUCACCGAAAAGAAGCCUACAAGUUUUGUUACUAAUAAGUUUGAAGAGCCAAUCAAUAUUAUCCCUCAUUUCAUCUCUUCCGUGAAGGACAAGUCACUCUCCGAUGUCAUAAAUUUUGAGGCCGCUAGUGAAUAUGAAAUCAAGCAAGUAGAAACACUUGCUAAGAUUGCAGUGAAGUGCUUAGACCAAAACAGUAGAAAGAGGCCAACAAUGAGUGAAGUGGCUCAGCAACUCCCCCCAACUAACCAGAGCUCGAUAGUUGCAGAAGACAUUGAAGAGCCCAAAUUCAAAGUGGCUGCCCGUCCCACUGUUAAGAUUUCAGUGACUGAUUGUCUUUCCUGUCUGGGAUUGGAUUAA